UUAUUUCAAAAGCACUGGGUGGGUAGGGAAAGUGUUUUCUCCCCUUGCCCAAUUAUCCCCCUAAUCCGCCUUUCCCCGCCACUCUGAAACCCCCCACAUGGCGGAGCCUUCUCCAAACUGCCGCAAACUAGAGCCGGAAGUCGUCUCUAAGCCAACCGCUGGGGCUUUACCUCUUUGACUUCGGCUGCUUCUUGGCUUGCGGACGGUAGCGCGGCUGGGUCAAUCCGUCACAAAGCCCCGCCUCUUUACGGAGAGGGAGGGAGGGAUGGACGGAGCAGGGAGCAGCAUGGCUGACAGCGAUACCUGGAGGCCCCCACGAGCCUGCGAUGACUACUGGUCUGAAUGGAAACAUUGCAAGAGCAUCCCAAAUCUGUUCCAUUACUACUAUACCUAUGGGGAAGCACCUUCCUGUAAGCAGUGGAAGAGAGAUUAUGAGAACUGUAAAGCAUGGGAGAAGACAAAAAGUUCAAAGGCUAAGGACUCCCUAUGCAAGAGCGAAAGAGAGCGGAUUAUGGAGAAGAAGAAGUAUGCUCCGGUGUGGGACUUGAGGAAAGGCCCUCCCAUAAACUGGUAUCUGCCUCUGGAUGAAGACAAACCCAAAUGAUGAAGCCCUGGAAUACCAGGUGCUGGACUUCUGGGCGAUGACUUCUAUGGAAUCCUAACACUGUGCUGUAUAGAAGAGUUCUCAGCCAUAAACCCAUGCUCCCAGCAACCAUAUGCUUCGCUAUAGUGGUGCUCAAUUUAUUUAUUUUUAAGUACAAUCUGUUCUGAACCAUUUAGUAAACAGUGUGUUAAAGAGAUAAUUUUGGGGAGAUAACACUGUUACAAGUCCCCAUACUUGCUAGUUAAGAGGUAUAUUGUCUCCGAAUGUGAAUGUACCAUUUAACUGUCAUGGCAAAUGGGCUUUAUCCAAUGUUGUGAGCUGUCCUCUAGCACCCUUUGUGUUUUCCCUCACACAACAAUGUUCUAAACAGUACCGUCAGAAUACCACUAAGUGACUUUCAGGACAGAACUACAAUGGACACGAUCCUGUAGAUUUCUACACGACGAGUGGAGGUGGUUUAGAAGUUCUUGUGUACAGUCAAACCUCGGCUCCAAAACACCUCCGUUUUGGAACAUUUUGGCUCCCAAACGCCGAAAACCCGGAAGUAACUGCUCUGGUUUUCAAAUGGUUUUUGGAAGCUGAACGGCUUCCGGGGAUUUUUUUUCUUUUCUCUCCAUUGACUUUGCCAACAGCCCUUUGAUCCUCGGUUGUCGAACCUUUCAGAAGUCGAACGGUCUUCCGGAACGGAUUACGUUCGACAACCGAGGUUUGACUGUACUACAAAUGCAGCACAUACGUUCUGAAUAUGUGAUAAAGCAGGGGCUGCUAACCUGGUGCUGGGGGAGCUGGGGAAGACCUUCAUUUGUCACCUUGACAUGAACCACAGGCUCGCGAGUUUUCAUUUUUGAAAAGGUCUCUAGCCUUCCUAGAAAGUUAUGAAGCAAAAUGUGCAGAAAUCCUUCCAAUGGAUUUUUGUGAAAUGAGGGAGCCUGGUUGUUCAUGCCUGUCUGUGUUUUUAGACAAUGAAUGAUCAGAGCUGUGAUUGGUGAGUGAGUUGUUUGGACCGCAAGUGAUAGGAAUCCCAAGGCCCUAAAGAACUGCUGUUUCCCUCUUGCUCUUAAUGCGCGUUUGCUGCCUAUUUUCUACAUAACAUACAAGAGGUUGGUUAAGCAUCUUCUCGUAGGAAAUACAAUUAUGGGGAAAGCUUCACCAAUAUAUGCCUACCAUGUGUUAGGCCACCCUCCUGUGGCAGCUGUUUGGGGACUAGUGUCCCCAGCACACUCUCAACGGUUGGCAACCCCAUGGGAUGUACAAUCUUCUGACCUCUCCAUCUUUGCAAUUCCCAGAGUCCUUGUUGUGGGGAGCAGCCCUACCCACUAGGGCUCAAGAGGGGUUGCUAUGAAAAGCUGGAAAGAACCCUUCACUCCUUCUCGCAUAGCUUUCCUUAGAAUGUAGACCCAGACGCAGUAACAUAUCCUAGAUGAACAAAUUCUGUUCAAGCUGGUGCUCAGAACAAAGGUGGCUUAACCAAUCAAUUUCCAUCAGCCCCAAACAGCAUAACCAACAGUGAGGAACGAUGGGAGUUGUACUCCACACAACAAC